UGCUUCAAAUUGCACCACCGAGAAAAGAAAACACCUUCCCAUUCCUCCGCCACCACACAUGGAGGCGCAAUCUACACAACAACCCACUCCUCCUCCACUCUCCUCCGUUUCGCCCCAUCACAGCUACCCUGACUCCGUAGAUUCCUCCCCGCGCUCCCGGAACACCGACUCAUGGGACGAGCCCUACCCUCCACCAACCUCCAAUAAGCUCCGCCUCAUGUGCAGCUACGGCGGCCACAUCGUCCCUCGCCCUCACGACAGGUCCCUCUGCUACGUCGGCGGCGACACCCGCAUAUUGGUGGUGGACCGCCACACCUCACUCUCGGAUCUCUCAGCGCGACUCUCCAAAACCUUCCUUAACGGUAAUCCCUUCUCCCUUAAAUACCAGCUCCCAAGCGAGGACCUCGAUUCACUUGUCUCUGUCACCACCGAUGAAGACCUCGAUAACAUGAUCGACGAGUACGAUCACCGAACCCUCUCUUCUUCCUCCAAACCCUCGCGAAUCCGUCUCUUCCUUUUCCCGGCCCAGCCCAAUUCGCUUCAGUCCAUUGGGCCGGUUCAACCGGGCUCGGCUACGACUAAGUCUGACGACUGGUUCCUUGAUGCACUGAAUACCGGCCGGGUUCUGUCGGACUCCUCAUCCGUGAAUUGCCUCCUCGGACUCGACGACGAGGUUGCUGCUGCUGCUGCUGCUGCUGUCGGGAACGACAACAGCAACAACAGCAACAACCUCAAUUCAUCCCAUCCCGGGAAUGGGAAGAAUUUGAAGCAGGGACAGGAUGUUCAUUCUGUGCCGGAUUCGCCUAUGCUGGAGACGAAUUCGUCUUUUGGGUCUACUUCGUCGUUGCCAUCAAUUGCGAAUUUGCCGCCGAUAAGGGUUCAUGCCGAGGACGGUGGUGGUAACGGUGGUGGUGGUUUUGGGACUAGGGAGCAGGAUCAGAAGGUGUUGGGGAUUGAGGAACAGUUUGCUCAAUUGGGUGUUGGUGGUGUGGAACAGAAUUCGCAGCCGCAGCAUCAGCCGCCGGCGCCGGCAGCUAAUGUUUCCGUGGCUGCUUCACAGUCUCAGACUCAGACACAGCCUCAAUCUCAAGCUCUGCCUCCUCAAUUUCAACAGAAGUCAGCUGGUGUUGUUGAUUUGCCUUCUCCUGAUUCAGUUUCAAGCGAUCGUAGUCUUUCAAAUGCUAUGUCACGCCCAAUACCUGUAAUCUAUCAAGACCAAGUUCAAAUUCAAUCUGGAACUUCACGGGUUCCUAAUACGUCUGUUGAUCCGAAUCUUUAUAUGUCUGAUCCAUAUGGUGGGAUCCAGAUGCAGCAACAUUUACAGGAACAUGGAUAUGUAUUGCAACAGCAAUUUGAUCAGCAGCAGCAGCAGCAGCAGCAGCAUCAUCAGCAUCAGGAGGCUCAACAGGCACAACAGUUUAUACAUGGCACACAUUUAAUUCACCAUACCCCUUCAGGGCCUGUGCCAAUCCCUGCAUAUUAUCCUGUAUAUCAGCAACAGCUCCAUCCUCAGCAUCACCAUCAGCUUGAUCAACAAUAUCAGGUUUACUAUGUGCCCGCAAGACAGGCCCAACCAUACAACUUGUCCAUGCAGCAGGCUAAUAUUGGUGAAUCUGCCACAACUAUCUCUUCUAGCCAGCCCCAAAAUCAGCCAAACCCUGCUCCAUCUGCUGCUUACAACCCCAUGAGAAAUGCUCCCUUACCUAUAUCUGAAAUGGCUGCAGGUUCGUACAGAACAGCAGCUGCCACCCCUCAAUUUGUUCAAGUUCCUGCUGGUCAGCAUCAGCAACAAUAUGUUGCAUACUCCCAGAUUCAUCAUCAUCCUUCUCAACCAGUGGCCCCUAAUUCUGCAGUACCUGCUAAUUAUGCUUAUGACUAUGCGGAUUCUGCUUAUGCUGAAAUAUUUUAUACUCAACCUUUGGCACCCUCCAUGCCUUCGCAGUACCAGACCAUGACACCUGCGGAAGUUUCUGCUCAGCUUCCCUCGGAUAACAUGAAGCAGCAGAUAAGAACCUCACAGCAAUUAUAAAAGAGUCUAUUAAAAAAAGAAAAGAAAAAGAAACAAUUUUAAAGAAAUAGGUUUGGUUUCCCCAUAUUUUUUCUAUCGUAGCUCCUGCCUUCUUGAUGUUGCCUGUUUUGUGGUAUGUGUUGCUGAUAAAUAAUAAAGAAACUGUGAUUAUCUUGUACACUUUCUAGCUUGUAUGUCAUAAUUUAUAGUGAAGGAAAGUGUAAAAUUCUAACUUUCAAGCAUUUUAUUGUGAACUUCAUAUAUCCAUUGUUGAAAUGAAUGUCACGUAAAUAAGCCUGCAUUGUUUAUGGCUCUGGUCUGUGAUUCAUGGGUUCAUGAAAAAAUUCUCUGU